AUGAUGCAAAUGUUAGGCCGCGCAGGCCGUCCCCAAUUCGAUGACAGCGCGGUAGCCGUGAUCCUUACGCGCAAAGAGCGGGUGAAUCAUUACGAGAAGCUUGUCUCCGGAUCAGAGAGUCUGGAAAGCUGCCUGCAUCUCAACCUCAUUGAUCACCUAAAUGCCGAGAUUGGACUUGGUACAGUGACAGACAUGGAGUCUGCCGUUCGAUGGCUCGCUGGAACAUUUCUAUUCGUAAGGCUUAGACGAAACCCGACACACUACAAGCUGAAGGAAGGUGCUAGUCGCGAUGACGAACACGGGAUGCUUCGACAUAUCUGCGAGAAGGAUAUCAAGAUGCUUCAGGAGUGCGGUUUGGUUAUGACGGAGCAGCUCAGGUCUACACAAUUUGGCGAUGCUAUGGCUCGAUAUUAUGUGCGGUUUGAGACUAUGAAGAACCUGCUUUCACUGAAGCCGAAGGCCACAAUCCUGCAAAUAUUCUCCAAAAUUUCCGAAGCAGAAGAGUUCCAUGGUCUUCGCCUCAAAUCAGGCGAAAAAUCAGUAUACAAAGAAAUCAAUCGAGCCAACGGCAUCCGGUUCCCGAUCAAAGUCGACAUUGCCCUUCCAGCCCACAAAACCUCGCUACUAAUCCAGUCUGAGCUAGGUGGUGUGGAUUUCCCAGACAGCCACCAGUUCCAAAAGCACAAGUUCCCGUUCCAGCAAGAUAAGAGCUUUGUAUUCACACACAUCAACCGGCUGAUACGCUGCGUGAUCGACUGCCAGAUCUCCCUCGAGGACUCAGUUGCUGUUCGGAACGCGCUGGAGCUCGCCAGGAGCUUCGGUGCUAGGGUCUGGGAUAACUCACCAUGGCAGAUGAAACAACUGGACCAAAUUGGGACCGUCGCUGUGAGGAAGUUUGCGGCGGCUGGGAUUACCAGUAUCGAAGCUUUGGAAUCCACUGAGGCGUACCAGAUUGAUAUGACUUUGAGUAGAAACCCACCAUUUGGGUCGAAGCUCCUGGCUAGGGUUGCGGAGUUUCCGAAAUUGCGAGUAUCUGUGAAGAUGAUAGGGAAGGAUCGCAAACUCACCAGUUCCGUGAAAGUUCGUUUCAAGGCGGAGGUAGCGUUCAUGAACGAGAAAGUACCGACUUUCUUCCAGAGACGUGCUGUCUACGUUUGCUUUUUGGCUGAGACUUCGGACGGUCGUAUGAUUGACUUCCGUCGUUUGAAUGCCAGUAAGCUUCGGAAUUCUCAUGAGAUACUGUUAAGCGCGGAUUUGCAAAGCGUAGAGGAGUAUAUUGUAUGCUAUGCAAUGUGUGAUGACAUUGCUGGAACAAUGCGGUCUGCGGAGCUCAAGCCUGGCCUUCCGGCAUCUCUGUUCCCGGCCUCGUCAGAAGAAAGGACGGAGAGUGAGUCGAGGAAAGAGCCAAUAAUUAGUGUCACGCGGCCUCGUGGAAAUGAGCUUCCCCAAAAUGGAGAGUCUUCCAACCAGCCAAUCGACAUCGAUGAUUUCUUAGGCGAGAUGGACGUAGAGGACAUCCUAGAAACAGACCAGGAUGUUGAGGAAAAGGAUAUCGACUGGCCCGUCGUAAUCGCAGAAAGCUCACCUCAGAACAAGCCGCAUCAACAAGCUCGUAAAAAUAGCAAGCCAGAGAAAACGAGGGAGCAAGUCCCCGAAAUCGAAGAAGAGCCCGUCCGCCUCGAAAAUGGUAAAUGGGCGUGUAACCAUAAAUGCAAAGACAAGAGAACGUGCAAGCAUCUCUGCUGUCGAGAUGGGUUGGACAAGCCACCCAAAGCUAGCAAAAAGCAGAAUGCAAACGGAAACCAGAAAAAACAUGAGCCCAACCAGUUGAAGCUGUCAGCCAGUAUGGCUAAGAAGGGCGCGUCCGCAGGUCGAGAGGACAAGGAGGACAAGUCUAAUACAAGAAGCGCGCAAGUACAGUCGGUGAAGCCGACUCUGGAGUCGACAUUCACGCAGGUGGAAUCGACAGACCCUCUUGCUAUGCCUUCGGGAGUAAAGAGGAUGCAGUCUUCCAGCGAUUACGGGGGCGAUGAUUUUGACGAUCUACCUUCUCCAUCGGCACUAUUGAAUGGAAACGUUAGCAUUGAAACGGACGAUUCGAUUAAAGAAAAGGAGAACGCUCGAGAGGAAAAACAAUUUGAGAAGAGCGUCUUCGACUGGGAUGAUUGGAUUGAGAUCGACGACCCGGUCGAACCUCUCACCCCAAAGCAGAACGAAACGAACACGCUUCAACAAAUCGACUUGACGAGUCAAUCCCCCAACACACUUGUACUAUCUGGAGAAGAAAUGGAUUCAGACAGCCGAGUCCUGUGCUCAUUCCAUGAUGUCGAAGGUUACCAGCCAUCAAAGCGGACCAUACCGUUUGUGGACGAAAAUAGACCUCCCCUCAAACGAACUAAGACGAAUACACAGUGCGAAUCCUUCCCUUUAUACCACGGACAAGGAGAAAUAGCCUUGGUUGAGCGGAACGGGACGAAUCCCGGUCCCAGAACCGACAAACCGACCAGUUCGCCAAAGGAUUGGGAAGACAUCGACCCAUUGCUGCUGGAUGAGUUCAAAGAUAUUGUCAAUUUCUUCUGA